CAGCCCAUCCUCUUCAAGUCAAGCCCCGUCUCUCCAAAGUUCCUCUUUCGAUUUGCCAUGAGCUCCGCUUUGGGUACACACCCUCCGUCGCGCGAACCCAUUUCCAGCGCCCCAUGUGGUGUGGGAUAUCGGUACAUCCCGUGGGCACCGCGCACACGCUCGCUGGGGGGCUGGCUGGCUGGCUGGACUUGCUGGCUGCGCAGCCUGCGCUGCUGCGUGAUGAUGCAGAUGCGAAUCGGUCGUCGGAGCUUAAUCUGAUUUAUUAUUUGCCUCAUCUAUCAUCAAACGCACACGCGCACACAAUCCACAUCCCAUCUAAACGAGAUCGCGCCCACACUCCACACCCUGCGCAUGCACGCCCUCACGGAUGUAGAAUAGAGGUGGGGAUCAGAAACAGGUUUACACAUAUACACUACUCACAUGCGCUGCGUCGAAUCGAAAGGAGUGCGCUCAAGCGACCACUUGAGCCUCGCUCGCUUCACACCGCAGCGAUGAUGGUAUGAAAGAGAGCUAGGCUUGCUGCACUAUAGCAUCAUAGUGGUUCUAUUAUAACACGGCGAGCAGGAC